UUUUCCUCUCUCUAAGAAUUCCCCCACUGGCAACAUCUCAGUUAACAUUAGACGGUGAAAAUGAUUUAUCAAACUCCGCGGUAUCUUUUGGCCCUGCUCGUCGUAGCAACCGCCCUUAUCCUUCUCAGCGCAUUGCACUCGUCUGGCGCGGCUAGCACAGCAAUCAGCUGGAACUCGCACUCAUACGACCAAGAGACUACACAGCCUAUAGCUGCUCCAGCUGUCAAGAAGCCGUUCUUUGGUAGCAAGAACGACGACGACCGGCCCACGUUCACAGACUUGGCUUUGAUUUCCGGCACAGACAAGGUGACGGACAACAACUACGGCAUUCUAUAUGACAAGUAUCUUCCCGCAUUUCGCGACAAGCCUGUCAGGAUGAUCGAGAUUGGUCUGGGUUGUGGCAUGUCCUAUGGACCUGGCGCCUCCUACAACACGUGGAUGAAAUACUUCCCACACGUCGACCUUAACAUUGUCGAGUACGACGAGACCUGUGGCAAAGCCUGGGCCGCUAAAAACCCUGAAGCCUCAGUCUUCUAUGGCGACCAGGCAUCGGCGCCGUUCAUCAAGAAAGUAGGCGCGGACGUCACGGCUGCUGGGCCUGUGGAUAUCAUCGUCGACGACGGCGGUCACACGAUGACCCAGCAGGAGAACUCCUUGCGCGAGCUGUGGCCGUUCCUCCGGCCCGGUGGCAUCUACUUUGCUGAGGAUCUGCACACGAGCUUCAUGGACUCCUACGGCGGCGAUGCGUCCCGGGCUGACCCUACCAAGCGCACUUUUAUGACCUUCAUACACGAGCUUGUUGAUGACUUCAUGGCUGCCAAGGUCGGCGUCCCAUCAAAGAAUGCUUGGUAUAAGGAGAUUGCAAGCAUUGACUGUAUGGAGGCGUUGUGCGUGCUGACAAAGAAGGAGAAGGGUGCGCGGUGAGUCCCUAAGGGGGUGCAGUUUCCUAAGAGGUGGUUUAGAUUGCAGCCAGAAACCAGUACUUGCAGGAAUAGUGCAUGCAACUUUGGUGGAGGAGCCAAUUACAAAUAACAUACCUGCUUUAAUGAACACCAUACGUC